CACUCGCACGCCCUCAGCACUGAGGGCCUCUUCACCAGACCAGGUCUCAGCAAGGAGCUCUGCGAGAUCAGAGCGGCGCUGGACGCCGGCAUGCCGUCCCGUGAGCUGGGCGUAAGCGUGCACAGCAUCGCGCAGGCGCUGCUGGUGUUCCUGGAGGCGCUGCCUGAGCCCGUCGUGCCCUGCAGCCUGUACCCCGCUGCCCUGAGGGCCGCCGCUGAGGGAUACCUCCCCGCCAAACAGGUGGUAUCACAGAUGCCGGACUACCACCGUAACGUGUUCACGUACCUCAUGGCUUUCCUCAACGAGCUGCUCGUCCACAGACAUGAGAACAAACUCGACGCUUCUACUCUCG